GUACUUCAAUAAAAAUGGGUGGCCGCAUUCGUCGGUUCUGCCCGCCCCUCCCACCACGGAUGCUGACAAGGGCGUGCUUAUAGGCACGCCGCAGGAUUGGAAGACGGACAAAUACCAGCAAAUGAUUGGGUCGGGCCAGGUGCCAGUGCGGCCAGGCGUGUUAGAGCUGAUGGAUGAAGCGAGACAGAGGGGUCUGCUGGUGGCGGUGUGUUCUGCAGCCACCAAGAGCUCAGUCGUCUUCACUCUCACUAGCCUGCUCGGGAAGGAGUGGUUUGAGAGACUGGAUUGCUUCUUGGCAGGCGACGUGAACUGUGUGUCUCCACCUCUCUUUUUCCUCCACCAUUGCUCUGCUCUCCUCACGUCCCAAAGAAGAAGCCAGAUCCCACCAUUUAAGAUUUCAGCACAGCGCCUGGGAGUGCCGCCCUCAUCGUGUCUGGUGGUGGAGGACAGUGUGAUUGGCCUGCAGGCUGCUCUCGGGGCCGGCAUGCCAUGUGUCAUGACCUACACGCCUUCCACCAAGAGCCAG